GUACAACGCUCGGGAGCUACCCGCCAUGCACCUCGGCUCGCGAAGGCGCUAGCGCAGUCCGGCGAGCGAGUCGUGCGCGCGCCUGCGCCUGCGCCCUGCCGCUCUUCUGCCGGAAGUCACAGAGAAAAACAGAGGCUCAGCUGGUGUGAGUUGGCGGCUGUGGUGUCGAAGAUACGGAAGAAGGAGCUCUUGGGGGAGCGCGUCUUCAAGAUGCUGCCUACCACGUCUGUUAAUUCCCUUGAUCAGGGCAAUGGAUCUUUAAACUCUCGGGAGGCAGCAAGGCACACAGCAGGGGCAAAGCGCUACAAAUACUUGAGGCGGCUCCUCCACUUUCGGCACAUGGACUUUGAGUUUGCUCUAUGGCAGAUGCUGUAUCUAUUCACUUCACCACAGAAAGUGUACAGGAACUUCCAUUACAGGAAACAAACAAAAGACCAGUGGGCAAGAGAUGAUCCAGCUUUCCUUGUGUUGCUGAGUAUCUGGCUAUGUGUCUCCACUAUAGGGUUUAGCUUUGUAUUGGGCUUGGGCUUUGUUGAAAUGAUAAAGCUGCUGCUCUGGGUCGUGUUUAUAGACUGUGUAGGUGUUGGCCUCCUAAUCUCAACUUUCAUGUGGUUCAUCUCCAAUAAGUACUUGACAAAGCACCCGAACAGAGACUGUGAUGUGGAAUGGGGGUAUGCCUUUGAUGUUCAUUUGAAUGCAUUUUAUCCACUCCUUGUCAUCUUACACUUCAUACAGCUGUUUUUCAUCCAUUAUGUAAUUAUAUUAGAUUCAUUUAUUGGCUAUUUUGUUGGGAAUACUUUCUGGCUGAUUGCAAUUGGUUAUUACAUCUAUGUGACAUUUCUAGGAUAUAGUGCACUGCCGUUCCUGAAGAACACAGUCAUCCUUCUGUACCCAUUUGCACUUCUCACCCUGCUUUAUGUGGUUUCAUUAGCAAUGGGAUGGAAUUUCACAAAAACACUUUGUAUUUUCUAUACCUACAGAGUGAAAUAAACUGGACUUUUUAUAAUGGGCUGCUUUCCUGGCCUCUUGUAUAAGUGUCACCAUAGGUGAGAUAAGAUGAUCUUGUAAAAUAAUGUAAAUAACCUGCUUUUCACUGUAGAUCAGUGUGUACAAAAUUUUGGUUUUUAAAAAAUAUUUACAACUGCAGACUUAUAGUAAUUCUGUAUUACCUUGCAGUCCCUUCCUUAUGAAAAAAGUUGUACAUUACUGUAAU